AGAACGAAGAGGUAACACCUACGCCCUCUCUUCGUUGUUGUAUACAGUCAACCAGUCAACUGCAUCUCCACAAUGUUGACAAUUUACGACGAAUUUGACGAUUAGAAUUUUAAAAAGAGGUUAGAAUUUACUAAUUUAUCCCGGAUUUCAAUUGUGUCAGCUAUUUGCCAGAUCUAAGGAUCGAGAGUCAUUUUGUUAAAACAACUGUAGUUUAUAGUUUUACAUUUCAUAGCGGAAACUUUGAAAUAUAAUUGAUCGAAAUAUCGAUAAGGAUAUCAGCAUGUAUCAGCUGAAAAAAUAUCAUUGAAAUUUCUCCGUGGAGAUCGAACCAGCAAUAACCAUGACGCGGACAAACAGGAAGAGGCGUCGCAACAUAGAAGAAGAAUCCAGUGACUUUAUGCCAUUGAGCAAACGAAUCAACAAUCUUCAUAUCAACGGUUUAUCUGGUCUACGAGAGAAUACGGUAGAAAGUAUGGAGACUGAUUGGGAAAGUGGAAAUUUCAUGUCGUCUCCGAGCUGCUCGGAGGUGUCUCAAAAUUCAUCGCCCAGAGACAGUUGUGCUUCGAACCAAAGCAAUUUUACCAAUGAUUAUAGACCAGAUUUAGAUGCAACGGAAAAUCCUUUUUAUUAUGAGAGCAAUAAAUUGCUCUUUUCCUUAUAUAUGGAACGUAUACAAAGGAGACCAGAUCUGUACUGAUAAACAAACGUCCCGUUCCACAUACAAAGUAUUUUCUCUUGACAUUCAAAUCUUGCUGUACCUUUUGUCAUUCUACAUAACAUAAUUGACAAUUUUCAAUUUUCCUUUCCCAAUCGAUCACUUGGAUAAUGAUGAAACGUACCAUGGCAAUAAAAUUGGUAUAUAGAACGUUUUUGUAAAAGGCAACAUUGGUAGAUAUAAGAUUCAAUAAUGUACAAUCGUUAGAAUAUUAAGAGCAUCUUUUAUUAGUGCAUAAAAUUCGAUGUAAUGAGAAUAUAUGAAUUAUUAACACACGAAACUGGCAGAGAAAGAAGAGAGAGAGAGAGAGAGAAAGAAAUAGGGUAUAACAUUUCUUUAUUUAAAUUACAGUGUUAUUUCUCAGAAGUCAUACUAGACGUUACAUUCUUAACGAAAUUCAAUCCCGUUGGGAUUAUAAAAGUACAAACAAAAAUAAUUGGCAAUUGAAUUUGAAAAGAAUAUGUUUGUGUGAACAUUACUAGAAGUAAUAAAUUGCGUUCCGUAUCCACA